GCGUGGCAAGCCAGGUUCUUAAUUACAGGAAUCUGUUUGACUGAAUGGCGACUAACUGAUUUUGAGUCAAAAUGGAGAAGGUGCUGUCGUAUCCAGACGAAUACGUCCAGUUUCAGGAGUGCAACCAGCCGGCAAACUAAUAAUGGAAUAAAUGUGUCCCCGUUAUUGUCAAGUUAUUUUGGUAGUGUUUCGUCUCCCGUAUCCCAAAGCCGAUCGCUGAGGAAGUUGUUGGAAAAGUCGGCCGGACGAGAACCGCAUCCAGGAAGAGAAUAGCCCCCAAAUCCCGCCAUGCAACAUUCGGGCACUUGGUAUCUGCCUUGGGGCAUGCCCCUGCAGAAAAUGGUGGCAGUGCCCAUCCAUCCGAGUGGUCAUCUGCACCUGCAAACCCCCACUGUCCAUAUGCAGCCCAUGCUAACGGGGCUGCCAGCCCCUUUGGCCACCCUCAGGACUUUUGUGGCCACGCAGCCCAAUGCCAUGCGACAGCCCCAACGAAAGACUUGUGGAAGCGAAAAGGACAAAAACAAGCUGACAGCAACAGAGAAGAGGAAAGCUGACGACGGCGAGCCAAACAAGGAUCUGAAAAAGGCCAAGUUGGAGACGAAAGCCCUCAAAGCCAAGCGGCCGGGAUUCACCGACGACCGCUACAACGAAACCUCCUAUUACAUUGAAAAUGGACUUCGAAAAGUCUACCCGUACUAUUUCACCUUCACCACAUUCACCAAGGGAAGAUGGGUGGGCGAGCGUAUUCUCGACGUGUUUGCCAGGGAAUUUCGGGCUCAUCCAGCCGAAGAGUACGAGCGCUGCAUCCAGGCUGGCACGCUGACCGUAAACUACGAAAAAGUUCCUACCGACUACAAGCUGAAGCAUAACGAUCUGCUGGCCAAUGUUGUUCACAGACACGAAGUGCCGGUCACUAGCCAAGCGAUCACCAUUGUACAUAUGGACGAGGACAUUGUGGUGGUCAACAAACCCGCUUCAAUUCCUGUACACCCCUGCGGACGGUACAGGCACAACACUGUAGUCUUCAUAUUGGCCAAAGAGUACAACUUGAAGAAUCUGCGCACCAUCCAUCGGCUGGAUCGGCUCACCAGCGGGCUGCUGCUGUUUGGGCGCUCCCCGAAGAAGGCCCGACAAAUGGAGCACCAGAUCAGAAACCGGCUGGUGGGCAAGGAGUACGUUUGCCGUGUGGAAGGAGAGUUUCCCGACGGUCUGAUCGAGUGCAAAGAGCCAAUCGAAGUGGUGAGCUACAAGAUCGGCGUCUGCAAAGUGUCGCCCAAAGGCAAAGAUUGCAGCACGUUCUUCCAGAAGUUGGGCUUCAACGGCAAGACCAGCAUCGUUCUGUGCAAGCCCAAAACUGGGCGGAUGCACCAGAUUCGCGUUCAUCUGCAAUACUUAGGUUAUCCAGUCGUCAACGAUCCGCUCUACAACCACGACGUUUUCGGGCCUCUGAAGGGCAAAGGCGGCGAUCUAGGAGGAAAAACGGACGAAGAACUAGUUAGGGAUCUGAUCCACAUCCACAAUGCGGAAAACUGGCUGGGAAUGGACGGGGACAGUGAGCUGUCCAUGUUCAAUACGAGAAAAGGCGAGCUGGAAGAUACUUUAGGUGGUGCCAUCCCGAAAGGUCGAGUUCUGGGCGAUGAUGAUGUAGAUUCCGUAUCCAGAGAAGCAUCCCCAUGUGAGGAAGCGUGCGAUAAUCGAUCGUCGCCUUUAGCCUGCGAAGCUGCGCCAAAUCCGCUGGCUUUAGUGGCUUUCAAUAACCGUCGCGUGCACGACGCAAAG